GUCUUUGUUUAAAAAAAAAAGUACUUUGCUAAGAUUUGGUCGCGUGUAUCAGGACGCGCGUGACCAAAAGAAGAAGUCAUCGGGUUUCACAACUUUCCGAAUAGGUGACGAUGAAGCUGAAUGGCGUCUUGGCGUGUUUGCUACUGAUUUGGACUGAUGUCUGUUGGGGGGACACACCGGCCAACUGCACUUACGAGGACCUUAUGGGGACAUGGGUGUUCCAAGUGUCCAAGGGGGGACAUGAUAAAAAUAUCAACUGCUCCGCUGAGGCCACCAGUGAGUCCAUGGUGAUAGUGACCCUUGAGAAGCUAUCGGUGGCCAAAGAUGAGCUGGGAAACAGCGGCUUCUUCACCCUUAUUUAUAACCAAGGUUUUGAAGUAGUCAUCAAUGGCUACAAAUGGUUUGCAUUCUUCAAGUACACUGAAGAUGGCCGUAAGGUGACCAGCUAUUGUGACCAUACCCUACCAGGAUGGGUGCAUGAUGUCCUGGGAAACAACUGGUUUUGUUUUGUUGGGAAAAAGGUGAAACCAGUACCUCCACAAUCUUACGAUAAACCGGUCAUGGGCACCAGGCUUCUCCAGAGGACUUUCACGCCCAACCUGGACGUCAUCGAGGCCAUUAACUCGGUCCAGAACUCCUGGAAGGCUGUGUCGUAUCCAGAAUACAAGAGAUACUCGCUGCAGGAGCUGCACUAUCGAGCAGGAGGACCUGCCUCGCGCAUUCCUGUCCGUGUUCGUCCUAUGCCUGUGACAGCUCAAGUAGCCAAGUUAGCUGCAGCUCUACCAGAGCACUGGGACUGGAGGAACAUGGAUGGCGUAAACUUUGUCAGCCCUGUACGCAACCAAGCCUCAUGCGGUAGCUGUUACUCCUUCGCCUCCAUGGGAAUGCUGGAGGCUCGCAUCCGAAUUCAAACCAACAACAGCGAGACUCCCAUCCUCAGCCCGCAACAAGUGGUUUCCUGCUCUGAAUAUUCCCAAGGUUGCGAUGGCGGUUUCCCGUAUCUGAUUGGCAAGUACAUCCAGGACUUCGGUAUCGCCGAUGAGUCUUGUUUCCCGUACGUGGGAAAGAACACACCAUGCGGCGUCCCUCAAAACUGCGGCCGCACUUACGUGGCCGAGUAUAGCUACGUGGGUGGAUUUUACGGCGGCUGCAGUGAGGCGGCCAUGAUGCUGGAACUGGUCCAGAAUGGGCCCAUGGCGGUGGCCUUUGAGGUGUAUCCAGACUUCAUGCAUUACAAGGAGGGCAUCUACCACCACACGGGCGUCUCCGACUCCUUCAACCCCUUCGAGCUGACCAACCACGCUGUGCUACUGGUGGGUUACGGUCGCUGUCACAUGACCGGUCAGAAGUACUGGCUGGUCAAGAACAGCUGGGGCACCGGCUGGGGAGAAGACGGCUACUUCCGAAUCCGCCGGGGAAACGACGAGUGUUCCAUCGAGAGCAUCGCGGUCGCCGCCAAGCCCAUUCCCCAACUGUAGGGCGCGACAUCACAUGCGCUAAUAAGAACUUGUGGUUCAAACUGCAAUCUCAUCCCUUCCCAAUGCAGUAUUAUUAACAGUGAUUUCACAUUUUGAUGACAUUAAUGAGAAUUGGUUCAGCGUGAAUUAGUAAAAUCUUUAAAAGGGACAGACUCAAUCUCAAUAUUUUAAGAGGAUGGCAAAGCCCCGCGUGAUUUUUCCUCUUAACUGUUCAUUGACUUUUAGUGUGAUUAGUACAGACAGAGCGCAUGCUGUAAUUGUGUAAAGGGAAUAGCCAAGUGAGGCUACUUUUUAAUAUCCGCUUGUCAGGGUCUUUGUUUGUCUCAGGGAAUCGGGGAAGCACAGACAGUCUCCUUGAAUCACUUUUAAACCGUUUAUGUAUGUCUUUGUGGAGCCAUAUACAGCUCCACGUUUUUAAUGGUUGUAAUAAAGGGAUCUCAAUAAAAUGUUGAAGAGAGGAAAAAAAACAAAAACAUUGGU